CUACAUUAUGUUCUAUAUUUCAAUGGUUUAUAUGGAUAUUUAUUUUAAAGCUGUUGUAUGCUAUUUAAUCUGCUUCCCCAGAUCCCACCUAAGAAUCAAAGAGCAGACCCAGAAAGCAUCUAACUUCUCUUAUCUGUUUGCUAUAAAAAAUUUCAUUGCAGGACAGAUGCUUCAUUCCAGCAAAGGCAGAUAAAGCCAAGAAGAAACAAAGAACUAUUACAACUGCUAUGGGUUUUCCAGAACACUGUUUAGUAUAUAUAUGUUGAACCGUAAAUGGAAUAUUUGGGGUUGAUUAUAGGUGUUUGAGGGAUUUUUUUGUUUUGUUUUUUGUUUUUGCUCAAAAUACCACCUAGUUUAGAACGUGCGAAAGAGGGAUGAUACUACUAGUGAUCUUGUUGUGCUCUGGUCUGAUUCUGCAGAUAACAAGAUUGUCUCACAUUUAUUGGUGGCUGAACCGGAGAAGAUCUAUGCCAUGCCUGACCCUACUGUUCCCGACAGUGACAUCAAAGCCCUCACUACACUGUGCGACUUGGCCGAUCGAGAAUUGGUGGUUAUCAUUGGAUGGGCGAAGCAUAUUCCAGCACAGUGAAAGCAGACCCGGGGGCCAGGCCUCUGAACGGCAGGAGAAUGAAAAUGGACCAAGUACUGGAUUACUAUGCAAAACCCCUUCUGGCCACAGCUCUUUCUACCAGUGGCAUCUGCCCUCCAGCCCGUCCUGCUUUGUCCUCAGGAGAGCCAUCUUUGGAACAUCAGGAGACGCAGGCCAGGCCCUUCUCCUCAUGAGGCUGGGCAGAGCUAAUCAGACACCACGGGCUCUACUGUCUAAGAGUUCUCAGCCCAACGCUGAAGACUGUGACCACAUGGCAAGCUCCUCCCCUGAAGGACCCACCAGAGUGAGCUGCCCCAGAACAGAGGGUCAGAAACAUGCAGAAAGAGCCAACUAUGAGUGUCAUUUGUUGUGGUGGCCCCCAAGCUGUAAGCUUAUUCAGCUUUCUGCUUUCCGGAGAACUUCUCUUGGUAUGCAGUCCUGA